GCGGCCGGAGCGAGCCCGGGAGGCGAGCGGAGCCGCCAUGGCCGAGUUCCCGUCCAAAGUGAGCACCAGAACCAGCAGCCCCACGCAGGGCGCCGGCGCCUCGGUCUCGGCGCUGCGUCCCGACCCGGGCUUCGUGCGCUCCAGCCUCGGUGCGCUCAUGCUGCUGCAGCUGGUGCUGGGGCUACUGGUGUGGGCCCUGAUUGCCGACACCCCGUCCCACCUGUACCCGGCCUACGGCUGGGUGAUGUUCGUCGCUGUCUUCCUCUGGCUGGUGACAAUCGUCUUCUUCAUCAUCUACCUGUUUCAGCUGCACAUGAAGUUGUAUAUGGUGCCCUGGCCGCUGGUGUUAAUGAUAUUCAACGUGGGUGCCACGGUUCUCUACAUCACGGCCUUCAUCACCUGCUCGGCUUCGGUCGACCAGACGUCCCUGAAGGGCAGCCGGCCAUACAACCAGCGGGCAGCCGCCUCUUUCUUCGCGUGUUUAGUGAUGAUCGCCUACGGAGCGAGCGCUUUCUUCAGCUUCCAGGCCUGGCGAGGAGUGGGCAGCAACGCAGCCACCAGUCAGAUGGCUGGCGGCUACGCCUAGACGGCCGUGUCGCGGCACACCCUGGGGCUGAAGGCUGCAGCUGGGUCACAGCACAGGGUGGCCCUGCAAGCCCGAGGCCUGAGCCCUGUGUGGACUCAGCCCGGAAGGGACUACACGCGCUCCUCUCUGUUCAUCAGACUUGGGCUCGCCCAACACUCCUAAGGAAUCGGGAUCCUUCCUCUGGUUUGGCCCAAGUUGGCAGGCGCGUGGGCUGGAGAGAGGCCAACAGCCGAGACACCUCCUCCCCAUCCCCCUUAUUCAGCAGAAGGUGACGGGGGACACGGGGCUCCCACUGUCUCUGCUUUGUCUUUCAAGGACUUGAGUGUCCCAGGCUGGGGCCCAGCCUUCUCACCAGCACUAAAUGCACUAACAGGCACUCCAGCCCUGCCGCCCCUCACCCGCGUAGAAUAAGCCUAA